CAUCAGGCUUGCUGAACUGAAACUGGUUCUCAUAAAGAGUGUCCAGCAGGAAAACAUAUUCUGUUUCCACACCAGGACGAUUUGAAAAGUCUUUAAGCGCGGUCUGAGGCUCGGAUAUGAUAACUCCGGAUGAAGAGAAGGCUGCUGAUCAACUUGAGAACAGUGUGGCGUCGUCACCUCAAGAGUCUAUGGCACAGACAACCAGGGAAGAUCUUUCCCAUGCCGGACUGAAACACGUAGAAGGGAAGUCCGCCAGCUCAUCUCUUGCUCCGUCUCAUUCUCUUUGGACUUCUGAUGCCAGUGGCUCUGUGCACCUAAGAAUCGAGGAAGGAUGCCCAGAGGAACCCAUCACGGUUCACCAAAUGUUCAACGCCUCGGUUGAAAAAUACGGAAACAUGCACGCCCUCGCCAGCAAGAAGAACAACACCUGGGAAAAGAUAACCUUCUUAGAGUAUUAUCAAUUCUGCCGGAGAGCUGCCAAGAGCUUUAUAAAGCUUGGUUUAGAGCGAUUCCAUGGGGUGGCAAUACUAGGAUUCAAUUCAGCAGAAUGGUUCUUCUCUGCGGUCGGCGCCGUCAUGGCAGGAGGAAUAAUGACAGGAAUUUAUGCCACAAACUCACCUGAAGCCUGCCAGUAUGUGGCUAGUGACUCUAAAGCCAACAUAAUUGUGGUAGAGAACCAAAAGCAACUGGAUAAGAUAUUGCAGGUAUGUGACAGAUUACCCCAUCUGAAAGCUAUAGUGCAGUACAGCGAACGGGUCCAGCAGAAGAUCUCAAAUCUCUUCUCUUGGGAGGAGUUCAUGGAGCUCGGUCUGGAUGUUUCCGAUGAACAACUGGACGACGUUAUCAGCAGCCAGAGAGCCAACCAGUGCUGUGUGCUGAUCUACACGUCCGGCACCACAGGAAAACCGAAAGGGGUCAUGCUCAGUCAUGACAACAUCACAUGGACUGCCAGUAACGCCAGCAGGGCAGGAGACAUGCAGCCAGCCGACUGCAAACAGGAGUCCCUAGUGAGCUACCUGCCCCUCAGCCACAUCGCUGCUCAGAUCUACGACCUCUGGACGGGCAUCCAGUGGGGCGAGCUGGUAUACUUUGCACAGCCAGACGCCUUGAAGGGAAGCCUGGUAACUACACUGAGAGAAGUUUGUCCCACAUCCCACAUGGGUGUCCCGCGGGUAUGGGAGAAAAUGAUGGAGAAGAUAAGAGAGGGAAUAAGUCAGUGUGGAUAUGUGAAAAAGAAACUGAUAAUGUGGGCGAUGUCCGUCAGCCUUGAAGCCAAUAAAAAGUGUAUGCAAAAGGAUGAAGAGAAACCAUUCCUUUUUUACCUGGCUGACAGCCUUGUGCUUCAGAGACUCCGGGCUGAGCUCGGCCUGUCUUGCUGUCAGAAGUUCUUCUCUGGAGCGGCACCAAUCAGCCCUGAAACAGUGCAGUUUUUCCUGGGCUUGAACAUACGCUUGUAUGAGGCGUAUGGCAUGAGCGAGAGCACGGGACCUCACUUCAUGUCAGGUCCCGAAGCUUACAAACUACCUAGCUGUGGUAAGGUGGUGCCCGGCUGUCGAUACAAAAUGGCCAACGUAGACUCCGAGGGGACGGGUGAAAUCUGCUUUUGGGGGCGCAACAUUUUCAUGGGUUUCCUCAACAUGGAGGACAAAACGAGAGAGGCCUUGGAUGAAGACGGAUGGCUGCAUUCUGGAGACCUGGGGAAGGUCGAUGAAGGGGGUUUCUUGUACAUCACGGGGAGGAUAAAAGAGCUGAUCAUCACAGCCGGAGGGGAGAACGUUCCUCCCGUCCCCAUAGAGGAAGCAGUAAAAAAGGAACUGCCUAUCAUCAGCAACGCCAUGCUGAUUGGAGACAAGAGGAAGUUCCUAUCCAUGCUUUUAACUCUGAAGUGCUGUGCGAAUGCAGAAACCAUGGAGCCAACAGAGGAGCUCAGCGCGGAGGCCGUCGAGUUUUGCAGAGAGCUGGGCAGCCAAGCUACCAACGUGUCCGACAUAAUCGAAGGAAGAGACAAAGACGUGUACCAGGCAAUCCAAGAGGGAAUUGACAGGGUGAACUCCGCAGCCACCUCGAACGCUCAGCGCAUACAAAAGUGGACUAUUUUGUGGAAGGAGUUUUCCGUUUCUGGAGGCGAACUGGGUCCCACGAUGAAGCUUCGUCGCCCUGUUGUCUUGGAGAUGUACCACAACGUCAUAGAGGGCCUUUACCAAGAAUAGUGCCAUGCUCCUUGAGAGAUUAACUGUUAGUAUGACAUGGCGUGUCCCGUGUUGCAUCCCAUCACUUGUGGACAUGCAGUGAUUUAAUCAUACUUGAAUCUUGUGUGCAGAAAAUAACAGCAGAGCCACACUUUUUUAAAUAAUAUUUAAUUUAAUAAUGUUUUCAAUAGUGAAUAAUACUUUCUGUUCUUUGUAUAAGGAUGUUAUGUCAUUUUGUUUUAAUGCAACUUUCCAUAGACUGAAAUGUUUGUAUUUAGCCAUUCAACAUCCAUCCCACCACCAACAUCCUACCAGCUAACUUCCAUGGCAGAAAAUGCACAUCAGACAUUUUGUGCAAAUGUUUGAUACCAUUUUGGAUAACAACUCAAUAAAAAUAUGGACGCAAAAUUUACAGCAAA